CCAUGCUGUUUUGGCAAUACUGAUAUAGUGGGAAUGUUGUGACAGAUGUAACGUGACGUGCGGUUAAGUGAUUAUUUGCAAGUACAGAACAUUUUAACUCAAUUCGAAAGAAGAAAUAUAUCGAGGAAGAAAAUCGCUAUGGAAUUAAAAGGAAAAAGUGUUUUGAUAACAGGAGGGGCUGCAGGUAUCGGACGAGCCUACUGUGAAGAGUUUUUGAAACAUGGUGCAAACGUUUCUGUUUGUGACAUAAAUCAAGAUGAUGGCGAGGAUUUGGUGAAGCAAUUAUCUGCGAAAUAUGGUCAAGAUAGAGUAAUUUUCUGUCAUUGUGAUGUUACGGACUAUCCACAAUACGAAGAGUCAUUUGAAACAACAGUAAACACAUUUGGAGACCUGGAUAUUGCCAUUAACAAUGCAGGGAUUAUGAAUGACAGAUUCUGGGAGCUAGAAGUUGAUAUUAACUUGAACGGGACCAUACGUGGCACGCUGCUCGCCCUCAGGUUCAUGGGCAAGGACCGUGGGGGCACUGGCGGCAUCGUGGUCAACACUGGCUCCAACGUCUGCCUCAAGCCUUACGUCAGCAUCCCCAUCUACACGGCGACCAAGCAUGCCAUCAUCGGCUUCACCCGCUCUUUCGGGGACGCCUACCACGUGAACAUGACGGGGGUGAAAGUGAUUGGCUUCUGCCCGAGCACAACCAGCACCAACCUGGUGCGCGACGUCAAGAAGCAGCUUCUGUCCUCUGAGCUGGAAAAGGCGUGGGAGCGCGAUACCGCUCACUGCGUCACCCAGACGCCGGAGCACGUAGCGCGCGCGCUGCUCCAGGUGCUGCAGAAGGCGGCGAGCGGCUCCGUGUGGUUGGUCGAGAAGAACCAGCCGCCCCGGGAGGUGACCUUCCCCGCCCAGUGAGGCCCCGUCGCGAGCAGGGACAAGGUUGUGAAACUUGGUUUGGAACACUUUUGAGUGUCCAGUUUUUUUAAUCUCCCCCUAUCUUGAUGUUUCCUGUAACUGGAGAGUCUCUCCUCAGGGUCUGGUGAUCCAGGAGAGAGCACUCAUCACAGCAUCUGUCUCUCCUGCUGGCAGUGUCGGUGCCCCACAAUGCACCUGACCGCUGCCUGUCUGCGAGUAGUUACCAGAGUAUUUACAGUUUUAUAGCUAGUGCAGCGUCCAUGUCAGUACUAAGCUUUUCCGCUAAUAGACAGAUUUUUAUAAAAUGUAUUUAGACGGUUGUUGUACUUAAUCGCUUGGUGUUAUGAGUGUCCAGCACAAAUGAAAUAACCAUGAUUAACUGCAAUGUAACUGUAAGACUGGGAUUGUUUUGGUACAGUUUUUUAUUUUUAAAUGUAUGCUGUAGGCUCGUUUUUCUGACUAGUUGAUAAUAUGCCUAGCCUUGAUAUUUGUGUCUCACACAUGUUAGUGGGUCCUGCAACCAAAGAGAUUAUUUUAUGUGUUUGUCUGUAUUUGUGUGUGCAUUUUUACAUAGGUUAAUAUAGUAACUACAGGCAUGCCUUUAUUGCCAGGAGAGGGGAGUGGAGGGAAAUGGUCAGACUUUUAUUUUGUUCAAAAUUUUUGUUUUGGGGAUUUAUAAACUCAUCCUUCUUGUACCAAAUGAAAUAUUUUAUAGAUUUUAGGUUAUCAAUAAUAAACAGGAUUUGUUUAUAUAAGACAAGAUAAACUAUAACAAAAAUUUUUAUUAUAAUUACUAAGACACUUUUUAACCACAGGCUCAUUUCCUUCCCCCUUCUCAACAUCAGCAGCCUACAAAUUUAAGGAUAGUCUGUUAAUAUUGAAAGUGGAUAAAUCUCAAACGGAACCUAAGCAUUAGAUUGGUUAUGCUGUCACUCUCUGUAUUACAAUAUGAAAUUGCAUAAAAGUCAUGAUCUCGGGCAUGAAAGUAGCUCAGCCUAGCUUGUUAACAUUGUCUAAAAAGUUAUGGUCAGCUUUUUAUGAGGGUGGAUGUAAAAUGAAGACUGCUACAGUUUUUCUUACUCAGAUAAUGAUCUUGAAGAAGCCAUGAUGGACAGGAGCAAAGAUGGAGACCGCAAGAGCCCGAGCAACGAGUAGACAGUAGGGCCGGUAGUUUGGCAUUUAUCCGACAUUCCGUAUUAGCCAACAUCCCACCGCAAUAAGUAAAUACUUCGAUCAGUAACGAGAACUGCAAGUUGCGAGCAUGAGCGUAGUCUAUUUUUUGUUGUUGCUCCUGGUUACCCCAGCUAAUUAGUUACCUGAACUGUUUUUUCCAGUUAAAUUUUUCUGUUGUAUUGUUCUAUAACUCGGUAAUUAGGUUCGUAAUUUGUAAAGUUAUUACAUAUUAUGAUUUAAUAGGUUUUUUCUUAACACAUUUCUAUUAUCCGACAUUCUACCAGCCCAUUUGUUGGAUUAGCGAUACACUACUAUUCCUUUCUUUUAAAUUCUGGAGCUUAGGAAGCAAGCAUAUUAUUAAGUAAACUGUGGCAUAGAGACACAUCUAUACAGCGCCUUUACUCACAAGAUCCUGCUUACCUGUGUCAUGCCAUUUCAUCGCAGUUGAAACAUCUUACUGGCAUUUAGUUGGCCCAGGCUUGUAGCCCCACACCUGAGCGCUAGCUGGCAUAGACCUCAACCUCUCGCAUUGCCCUGGGACUGCUGUCACCCAGAGAGCCAGUGAUCCGGUGGGGCCUGUCCUAGCUCUCCGUGCUAGUGCCGCUCUUCACCCGACUAGGGAACCCUCGAGCCUGCUCCGAGCCAUGGACCCCACGAGUUCCACCUCAGUGUAACCCUUGGCUUUAUGAAUAAACCAAGGGCAUAGAAAAAGAGACUGUCACGAAGUAAAUUGAGACAGACACUGAACACCAUCCUCCUUUCUCUUCUGUGUACUCCGACUCGGUGCAAUACGUAUCUGUAUAAGUUUUCACCAGUUGUGCGGACUCCAUUACAAUUAAAGCAUUACCUUCAAGCUGUGCAACUUGCACAAGGUUAUUGUCUACACGCUAGAACAUUUCAGUGCUUGUUGUUUAGUGUUCAUAUCUCUGCAGGUGACUCACCACCUGUCAGUGUGUCUGAACACCACCGAGUGCUUCAUGCAGUUUGAUUGGUCGGUCCGUAGUUAGGUCUGUUGGUGUGCUGCUGGCCCUGUGUAAGAACUUCCUUGUGUAUACCUAACAUAAACACGCUUGUAAGAGAUACUGCCAAAAGGAGUAGCCCAUUAUAAAAAGCCAUAUGCUCAAUGGAUUUUUAAAGAUUGUUCUAUUGGUCAGUAUACGUUCUCUACUGAUUAUUUGGGUCCAUUUUUAUAUACCUAUUUUUUCCUCCCACUUUUUUCCUGUUCUUCCCUUAUUGAGGUCUUUUGAAUUUGAGUUUGCCUUAUAUGCAAAAUUAUAUUAGAGUUAAGGACAUAUUGUCUGAUUCAAUUACAUUGUAAAUUCUUUGUCUUCCUAAAUUCAAAGUCAUUUCAAAUUUGAAGUAGUAAAACUCUUUUAGGCUUGAAAGUAAAGAAUUUGGGUACAUUUUGAAACUUGCAUUUUUUCUCUAGGAUUCCAAGCAUUCAUUUUUUCUCAUUGAUUCCUUGGCACAAGGGGUACUUUACAUCCAAUAAAUGCUGCAUGUUUUAAAAAACACAUUAUAGAGGAAUUUGUUCAGGACUUAUUCCUGGUGAUUUUAUAUUAGUUGUUGUUGAAAUGAAUUUUACUGCUCCAAGAAUUGAUGAGAUACCUGCUAUAUGUACCCUCUUUUAUCGCAUAAUCGUCGCACCCAUAUUUUAGGGCGUCAAAAUUUUGAUAGAAAAACCUCUUGCGUAAUCGUCGCAUGAUGUUUUUGGUCCCGCUAUUAGAUUCCCAGCGCUUUGUGUAGGUAUUUUUUCCGUAUAAAACAAUGUAUUUUUAAAGUACAGUAGAACCCUGUUAUAAUGUUUUUCAAGGGAGCACAAGAAAAAAACAUUAUAAGCAGGAAAACGUUAUAAGCAGGAAAAUUCAAUUUAGCACUUAACAAUGUUCGAGCUUUGUACCAAUGGACUCACCAAGCUAUGUAAACAACUUUAGUGUUAAAACCAAAGAUAGUAUACUUGAUACAUAAAUUUUCUGAAACAAGCCAACAAUUUUUCAACUUCGUCUUGUUCCCUGGUUAAAUUUUGUUUGUCUUUAAAGAUACACUGCCACAUUUUUUUGUAAAAUUGUCUCACAAUUCAUGAUGACAACAUUAAGAGUGAGAACGUCUACUCCUUCGCCACCUGAAAAUGUUUAAUUUUGGGAUUCCUACGUAUGAAAGAAAAAAAAAAUUUUUUUUUAAGCAAUAGAAAACUCUUUUAGUUAUGCCCUCGCUCAAUGGUUGGCAACUUAAAUAUCGUAGGAAUAUGUACGUGCAUCUGAAUACCCACUGGAAUGGCAAGGAAGAGAAUUGUUGACUAAGGGUGCCAACUGACACGUAACUAUGAACAUUGUGUACCUUCAGUAUAUUGCAUAAAAUUGUAUUUUAACAAACUUCAUGUAUUGUAUGGCAGUGAUUGUAAACAUAAACAUACAUAAAGGAAACUUUUUAUCGUAAGUGUUGGAAUAAUUUGGUUUUAAAACAUUUUUUCCCCAUUUAUUGAAUGUUAGAAAGCAAACAUUAUAAGCAGGAAAUUACACUAUUUAUGAACGUUAUAUGCAGGAAAUAAAUACAUUGUCCUUAUGGGGGAAAUAUUGGGACAUUAAAAAUAUGACAUAAGCAGGAAAACAUUAUAUGCAGGAACAUUAUAACAGGGUUCUACUCUAGAUAUCUAAUAUUUAUUCGGACAUUACCAAUAUUUAAUUAACGGAAAUAUGAAGUUGUCUGAUGUGUAAAUUUUCUUUUAAGUAUGUUUUAAAAUUUAUAACCUUUAUCCGAUCGUCUGCGUCGCCGCAGUGUACCGCUUAUAAAAAUGUAGCCAGUGCUAGUUGGCAUCAUUCAUGUUUGGUUAUGUUGAUUCCCGUAUAGAGUGCACGCAUGUAGUCAAAUAUCGAUACAUAUAGCUCAUAGAUUGCAUGCAACGCGCGCACUCUGACUGGUGCAGAGUUAACUACAUUUGAUAGCCCACGCUUUCUCAUGGUGUGUACUACGAUAGUUAAGCGCUCCGACUCACGUUCACGUCACAGUUUUGGUUUUUCUAUUUAAAGUUGAACACAAUGUUUUUGUUGCAUGACUUAUUAAUUUAAAUUGUUUGGCGUGCUCUUUUAUAUUUCACUUUUUUAAAUAAACGUACUUUCCAUUAAUGGGUUUUGUUUUUAUGAAUAACUUUACCUAACAAAAUUUUCUUCCCGACAGUAGAUUCUUCAUUUUUAUGUUGAUAGACUAUAUAUAUUGCAAUGGAUGGUGUUUUGUACAGAUAAGUAAAAUCUUAAAAAUGUUAUGUAACAUUGAAAAAAAAAAUGUUUUAUAUGUUUGUCAAUAUGUAUUUUAAAAUUUUUAUUAAAAAUGGUAGUAUUAUAAAAUUUAAAAUAGGCUGUUUUGUCUUUUCUUUUAUUCAAGAAUAAGAUGCAAUGAUAUGCACAUCUGUGAAUUAUGAUCAUAAAAUAAACAUUGUGUAACAUUUGGCAUGCCAUGCUUGUAAAACUGUAUGUUAGAUGUUUAUGAUUAAUGUACAAGUGUUCAGUUUUUAAGAAAGUGACUAAGAAUUUUUAAAAUGCACAGAGAUUGUUUUGAAUGGUAAAUAAAUAAAUGUUAAUUUCUUUCCUGUUGGUGAAACUCAAAAUGGGGAGAUCUGUUUAUUUAUAUGUUGUAAGUAGGUACAUGUUGUAUUUGUUUUAUUUUUAGGUUUAAGGGUGAUUAUUAGCACUCCUAUGAUAUAAUAUACUAACUUUAAAAUUUUUCUGAAUAGUUUGUUUUAUGAGGUGGAAAUAUUGCAGCACUUCAAGAAAGUACAAAUAUGUUUGUGGGUACAUAUUCUUGAACUAUGAUGAUGGUUGCCAUGCAUGUAUUGUGUUUUUCAAAGUUUGGCAUGUAGGCUGUAUUUUUAUUGAUUCUCCUUGUUUUGUUAAUAGUUCUAUGAUUGCAUAUUUUCAUCUAAUCAUUUCAGUAUUUAUUUAAGAUUGAACGUACUUGUUUUUAAAGUUAUAUUUAAAUCUCAUAUUUAAAUAUACAUAUCAAAUAAAAUAUAAAUUGUGUGAACAUUAUUAUGUUUUUGAUCUAAAAAUAAUGGUAUUUGAAUGGUAUUCACACAUAAAGUAAGACUGAUUAACUUAAUUUUCUUCUUCUUACAUUUACAAUAAUUCUUUAUUAAAGAAUCCAAAGUGCAAAAAAAUAGUAAGAAGAAACUUCUACAAAAUAAUGUUACUGUACACAGUUGCAUGUGGAUUGGAUUGAGAUUUUGUAUCUAGGCAUUCUUGUGCAUUUAGCUGCUGCCAUGCUUUUUUUGAAGGUAAGGGUUAGCAUCUACAACCUUAGGAUUGGCAUUCUGACCACCGUGUGUGCUGUGGGUGACUUGGUUCUUACCUCUCUGCACUGUCUCACAGUCUGGAGCUCGCGAGGUCCUGCCUUGUAGGCACGCACACGUAGAUCUGGCUUGUACCGGAAGUGGAAGUGAUAAGUGGACUGUGAAUACCUUUGCUACCGUCUGUCCUAGUGCUGUGAGAGUCGUGUUUCGAGCCUCCAGCCACAGUAGUUGCUGCGGGAAAUAUAGUUGCAUGUUAGCUUUCGUAGCUGUAGCUUUUUAUAAUACAUCAACAUAUUUUACUGUUUUCUAGGUGUUUUAAAACUACGGGGGCAGUUCACGAAAAAAGGAGUUAGUGAUUUUGGAGUUAUUUAUUAAUGAAUGCGUUAAAAUUUUGAAUGCAAAGUUCUUCCACUGAUAAAAAUAUAUAAUUAUUGGCAUGAAUAACUUCCAAAGAAAUUAUUUGUGUCUGUUAAUAUAAACAGGUAAUUGAAUUAUUCAGCCUUGAAAUCAUUAUCAGUUAAAAUUUUUGGACCAGUUAUCGAUAAUUUUCUUAGUAACAUUAUGAUGGUCUUUAUUAAAUUCUUUAAAAGAUGGACAGUAAAUAUUAAUUUACAAACAUUUAAUUUUAAACUUAAGUUAACUUUUUUUUAUUUUGUGUGCCUCUUUAAUAAAGCAUGUUGGUAUGAUCUUUGUAGAAGUUGGUAUGAUCUUUGUAGAAGCCAAACCAAAAAAAACUAUGUUGGUUUGAUAAAAAAAAUUGUGAUCCUUUUAUAACAAUACCUAAUUAGUGGUAAUUUAGUGAGCCAGGAUGUAAUAUUAACUUAAUCUUACUGACUGUUCCAAUGCAGACUAAAUUGAGAAAUAAAUAUUUAUUCAGCACCAUACAAAAAAAUAAAAUGCUUAUUGUUUUGGAAAGAAAACUUGAGAACGUAGUUUUAUAUCCUUAUUUAUCUUAAUUUAAUUUUUUUUUUUUUUGCAAUUUGUGAUGUUUAUUGUAAUGUGUUAAGUAUAAUCUUUUUUGUCUAUUGUAUGUUAAGGUAAUUAAAGUGAACCCUUUUAAGAAGAUCGCACUUGAGAAAAGUUUUGUGCAUUAUAAAUUUUAAAAAAUCAGCGCAGAGUUUUCCCUUUUAUUCAUUUUCUCGGUUAAUAAGUUUAAAUUUAUAACUAUCUUCAGUACCUUCUUAAGAAGGUUUUCUGUGGCUCUAUCAUCACAAAACGAAAUGUCAUUAAGUAGUGUCAGUUUUUGUAAUUGUAUGUGUUUAUUAAAAGUAUUUAUUGUUGUAUUUUGACUGGUUUAAAUGUUUGCCUAAGUAAAAAAAAAAAAUAGGCUAAUCAACUUCAAGUGAUCAUAAAGUGAAUUUACCUCAUUUUGGGCAUAUAUAUAUAACCAUACCAAAUUUUUAUUUUCAAUUUUUCUAACAUUUUUAAUCUAGAUUUUUAAAAUGUAGUGUUUCUCAAUUCUUCAUUGAAUUGAAGCUAUAGAUUGUAAGUUUUCUAUAAGGCAGCAUUUUUUAAACAUUGGUAAUUUUCAUGUUUGUACAGACAAAAUUGUGCUAAUACUGAAAAUUGAAUUAGUUUUUUUUUACUCACAUUUAAUACUGGUAUGAAGCUUAUUUUACCUUUUCUGUGUUUGUGAAUUCUUUUCAAAGCAAAAUCAGGAUAUUAAACUACCUAUGUGUUUGAGCUUCAUGUGUUAAUGCAACAGUUUUCUACCUACCUCUACGCUGUGUUCACCUACCUAUAAAUAUUUUUUUUUUAAAUUUUUGUAAGGAACUGUCUGCAUUCAUUUGCUAAAAUUAACUUUUAUGGAUUGUUUUGUAGUUUUAGUUAUGUGCCUAAUAGCAAACAAAUAUUUUCAAGACUUUCAUUAAUUUUCUUGGGUAAGAUGGCAGAUUUUUGCAGAGACAAGAUCUUCAAAAAUUUGGUUGCGUAUUUGCAGUGAGGUUUCAAAUUUUAGUUGAAAUAAGAAGUGCUGUGGUUUUUGAAUGUGUUCAUAGAUAAUGUACAAAUAAAACAUGUCACAUGUGCUAUGUAUAUUGUUAGAGCACUUAUUGUAUUAUGUACAGUCUGGCAAUAUUUGAUUUAGGGUUACAACUUUGUAACUAACCUGUUUUAACUCAAAUUUUUUUAAAGUGUAGUGUAGUUCAUGUGUUAAUCAAAUGUUUAUAAUUAUUAAAGUAUUUUAUAUUGUAAGAAAUAUAUAGUUAAAAUUUAAUUUUAAAAUUAGCACUAAAAGGCAGGGUAAUUGGAUUUAACAUGUCAUGCCUAAUUUAAAAUUUUUUGCACUGAUACUAUUUUUAUUUUUGUGUUUAUUUUUAUGUCACAGAGAGUAAAAUCUGUGUUACUUUGUUUUGCCAACAAAAAAUACUCAUGGUUAUAAACCUGGUGCCUCAUUCAAAAUAUAUUUUUACUCAAAAAAGAAUUUUUCAUAGUUGUAUAGUGAUUUAAACAAUUUUGUUUUGGAUAAAAGCCAUGAUGUGUAAAAGAGUGUGUCUGCUAGUCUAGUCUUAUGUACCAAAAACAUGAGUUUAUUGAUAAUAAAGAACGCAAGACUUUUAAAUUGA